AUGGACGAGCAGGACAUAUACGAUGGAUGCAAAACAAUGGUUAUGGAUCUUAUGGGUCCUGCAUUAGAAGAACUUUUUAUUUAUUGCAAGCGACGAUUUAGUUUGAAAACAGUUUUAAUGCUUGCUGAUCAAAUGUUGGAUCGAAUACAAUGUAUACAUGAUUCAGGUUAUAUUCAUGGCAAUCUUACGUCCGAUACUUUUGUAAUGGGCAUCAAAGAGAAUAUCGCUAAAGUUUACUUGGUGGAUAUGAAGUUUUCAUCGAAAUAUAUUAAAAUCUCUGGUAGAUGUCGCAAACAUAUUCCGUACGAAGAAAAUAUAGAAUUUUUUGGUUCACUUUGUUUCGCAUCUCUCAACAGGCAUUUGGGCACAGUUGCAUCUAGACGAGAUGAUCUCGAGUCCUAUAUAUAUAUAAUUUUAUAUUUCCUUAAAGGAAAUUUGCCUUGGCAAAUAUGUGAAAAGUCUAAUGAACUCGAGCAGGUUCUAGAAAUCAAAACAUCAAUUUCAACAGAGAUUCUUUGUCAUGGAUUGCCUGCUCAAUUCGCAACAGCACUCAACUACUGCCGUGCCCUGAAAUUUGAUGAAGAACCUGAUUAUUUGUUUAUUCGACAACUAUUCCGUGACUUAUUUAAAUCCAUGAAUUAUAAAGAAGAUUGGGAUUUUGAUUGGGUAUCGCGUUAUUACUCAAAAAGAUAG